AUGUUCUCAGGAUUUUCAUCAUUUGGCGGCCCAGGAGGAUUCGUAAACCUCCCCCAAACUUUUGAAGAAUAUUUCAGAUGCUACCCAAUAGUUAUGAUGAACGACAGAAUAAGGAAAGAUGACGCUAACUACGGUGGUAAGAUUUUCCUACCACCUAGUGCAUUGAACAAAUUAUCAAUGUUAAAUAUUAGAUAUCCGAUGCUUUUUCAAUUAACAGCCAGUGAAAGCGGUAAAAUGACACAUGGUGGUGUUUUGGAAUUUACUGCGGAAGAAGGUAGAGUAUAUUUACCGCAAUGGAUGAUGCAAACUUUGAAUGUGCAACCAGGUUCAUUAUUGAAAAUUGAUUCAACUGAUGUGCCUUUAGGUCAAUUCGUUAAAAUUGAACCACAAUCUACUGAUUUCUUGGAUAUUUCGGAUCCAAAAGCUGUGUUAGAAAACGUAUUGAGAAAUUUCUCUACUUUAACAGUGGAUGAUAUCAUUGAAAUUAGUUAUAACAAUAAGAUUUAUGGGAUAAAAGUAUUGGAAGUUAAACCAGAAUCUAGUUCAAGAAGUAUCUGUGUCAUUGAGACGGAUCUUGUAACUGAUUUCGCACCUCCAGUGGGAUAUGUUGAACCUGAUUAUAAAGCUUUGCAACAAAAGGAGGAAGAAGAACGAAAGAAACAAAAAGAGAACCGUAAGUUCGAUCCAUCAACAGUGGGCCAAGGUUCCAUGUCUACGAGAAUUAAUUAUGUUAAUAUAUUAGAUGAUGCGAAUAAACAGAAGACGAAUUUUAUUGGAACGGGACAGAAUAUAUCUGGUAAACCUAUAAAGGAAGAUACUGAUAAGAAUGGUAUUGAUGUUGAAAACUUAAAAAUAUCACUGGAAAGUGAGCCAGUAAGAUUAGAUCUUCCUGAUGGCCAGUUAUUCUUUGGGUUCCCAAUUGUUCUUCCCAGGAAGGAUGAUAAAGAGGGAGAAUCUAUAGAAAAGGCGACCUUUAAAGGUGAAGGUAAGUCAUUAAGGAAGACAGUAAAGAGGAAAACGAACAAGGAUCAUGCAACUACAAAAUCAAAGUCUCCAAGAAGCCCUGAAGUGAUUGAAAUUGACUGA